UUAGACACUGCUAGCAGUAGAGAUUUAUUUCCCUUUUUCCAUUUCUGGUAUUUCAAGAUAAAACUCAGAGAGAGAGAGAGAGGGAGAGAGGAGAGCUUCGCUUGUCCUUUCCUUAAAAAAGAUGAUUCCUUGUACCUCAAAGAACAAUUCAUCUUCCGCAUUCAACUCCAAGUGUUCAUUGCAUCACUCCCCCAACUUGUUAAAGUAGUUCCAUUUUCCAUGAAUUCAAAUCCCCCACACGGAAAUACACCGAGAAGCUGAGUUUUCUUGAAAAAGAUUCAAUUAUUUGGUUUUCUUCUGAAUUUGGUGGAAAAAUGAGGGAUUUCCCUUCUUGCUUCGGCGAGAGUGGAGUUCAAGUUGCUGAUGCCUCUUGUUCAAGUGUAGCUGUGAGUAAAGCCUCUCAGAAUUCUGUGACUUGCAUGUAUAGGUGUAGGCUGUUUGAUAAAUCUUGCUUGAUUAGCAUUGUUUGGAACAAGAAUUUGAUGGGGCAGUGCCUUAGUGUUGAAAUAGAUGACACAUCUCAUCAACUUAUAUGUAAAAUGGAUGUGAAGCCCUCCUUGUUCUCAAAGAGGAGAGGCUCCAAGUGUCUGGAGCUGAAUUCUUGUAAAAUUGAAGUGUUUUGGGAUCUCUCUGUGGCGAAAUUCGGAUCAGGGCCGGAGCCAUUGGAGUCGUAUUAUGUGGGAGUUGUGUGUAGAGGGGAGAUGGUUUUGCUCAUUGGGGAUCUGGCAGAAGAGGCAUUCAAGAAAACCGGAGCAGCUGCUUCGGUUUCUAAUGCAAUGCUUGUUGCCAAGAGGGAACAUAUUGCAGGGAAGAGGGUUUUUGGUACCAUGGUCCGAUUCUGCGAUAAGGGCCCUGUUCAUGAUCUCAAGAUCGAAUGUGACACGAGGGGGAGUGAUGAUCCAUUUCUCGUGGUUCGUGUUGAUGCAAAAACUGUUAUGCAAGUGCAGCAUUUGCGUUGGAAAUUCCGUGGGAACUGCACAAUCUUGGUUGAUGAGAUGCCGGUGGAGGUGUUUUGGGAUGUCCAUAGCUGGUUGUUUGGUUCGGGUGUGGGGAGUGGUGUUUUCAUGUUCCAUUCGAGUCUAUCAGCAGAGAAACUGUGGAGCAGCCCUUCGGUUUCUGAUCCAUCCGCCUGCUCGGAUAGUUUCAAGGAGUCUAAAUCGAAAAGCCUUGGAUUUUCGCUAGUUUUAUAUGCUUGGAAGAGUGAAUAGGUAUUUAUUGAUUCUUCCUUGGUUGCUAACGUUUGAUGUUAUUUGAUCGGCUUUCCUUUGAUAGCGAAUUUGGUUGCUUCUGUUACAUAGAAUUAAUAACUCUGUCACCAUAGGAUGUUAGCAAAAUGGUACUAUGAUGCUUCAAUUCAAGUCUUUGAAUUAUUUCAUUGAGAAUUU